AUGACCUAUUUUAUUGAUUCAAGUGAUUUAGUUAAUGUCUUAAAUCGAGAUACUGCACCUAAUUCAAACUAUCUAAAUCCGAAGGAACUUGUUUUCUCAAACGACGAAAAUCAAAUGUCUCUGAGAAGUUCAGAAAAAGUCCAUUUUGAACUAUUAACUGAACAUCUUAGUUGCCUGUUUCAAACAGAAUCGUCAAAGAAAGAAAUGAUUGAAGAAUGUCGCAAGCAGUAUCAAACUGAUCCGAUUGAACAAAAGAAAAUUGACGAAUUUGAAGAAAGUUACUGUAUUCCUCAAGCAAUAUCGUGGUAUACAAAGGAUAGUUUUCUUUGUCGUUUAUUAAAUAAAGCAUGUCGUACAGAAGAUAUUGAUUUAAUCUACACCUUUCGUUUUUAUAUUCAUGAUCUUUAUCAACGACUCCAUCAACUGCAUGCGGAUUUUAUUCAAUAUUUACAAGAUAUUGAUGUAGACAUUCUUCAUCUGUAUCGUGGACAAUGUAUGUCAUCCAGUGAGUUCAAAGACCUUCAACAAAAUAUUGGCAAACUUUAUUCGACAACUACAUUUCUUUCGACAACACUAGAUCCUGAUGUUGCACAUGAAUAUGCUUCGUUUUCUUACAAUGAUAUACAAUCAGAUUUCCAGAAUGUAUUAUUCGAAUAUGUAGUUGAUCUUAAUCUCAAACAGACAAAGCCGUUUGCUGAAAUUUCAAAAGAAAGUUUUAUGAAACAUGAACAUGAAGUAUUAUUUUGUAUGGGUAGCGUUUUUCGUAUCGAUAGAAUCGAAAAGUCAACAGAUAAUAGUACUUGGAAUGUAAAGGCUACUCUAGUGGAAAUAAAUGAACAAAUUCAACUGGAACAAACAAGCACACAAGUUCUCUUAAAAUUAGGUGAUUAUGCUGUUAGGAUAAAUGAAUUCGAUAAAGCUGAACGUUAUUAUCGACUGAUGCUUGAAGAUGAUCAAGAGAAUAUCGACAAUAUGAUUCAAGUUUACGAACGUAUUGCUCAUCUAUAUACAGUCAAGGCACGUAAAUGGUUAUGUCGAGCUGUACGGUAUUCUGAACUUGGUUCAGGAAUUCUACCAAUAUAUGAUGUCGUACGUGAAACUGAAGGUCGUGCCAAUCGUACAGUAUAA